AUGAGCGUGUCCCAGUUUACGCUCCAAGGCACAAACACAUACAUUAUCGGCACCGGGGCCAAACGUCUCAUCAUCGAUACAGGCCAGGGUGCGACCGAAUGGGCGGAUUUGAUCGCCAAGGAGGUUUCCGAUGGCAAUUUCUCGCUCUCACAUGUACUACUAACGCACUGGCAUGGCGAUCAUACGGGUGGUGUGCCCGAUCUGUUACGCAUGUACCCCGAAGACCUCUCUGAUGCCAUUUUCAAGCAUACUCCAAGCAAAACACAGCAGCCGAUUGUAGACGGGCAAGUCUUCCGCGUUGAAGGCGCCACCGUGCGCGCGGUGCACGCCCCUGGCCACUCCCACGACCACAUGUGCUUUAUACUCGAGGAAGAGGCUGCAAUGUUCACCGGUGACAACGUGUUGGGCCACGGCACCGCCGCUGUCGAGCACCUGGGCACAUGGAUGAAAGCGCUUCAGGGCAUGCGGACUCACGCCUGUAAGAUUGGGUAUCCAGCACAUGGGAUCGUGAUUGCAGACCUGGUCGCCAAAAUCAAUGGAGAGCUGGCGGGAAAACUGCGGCGUGAGCGCCAAGUAAUGCAGGCCCUCCAGAAGACUGGAUCAGACAUGGUCAGAUUGACGGUUCCGGAGCUCGUUACGGCCAUAUACGGCGCAAAGGUAGAUGCGGGCCUUCGAAAACAGGCUUUAGAGCCUUUCAUACAGGAGGUUUGUCAAAAGUUGGCUGAGGAUCGUAUGGUAGGUUUUCAGACACGUGCGGGCAUAAAAAGGUGGUUUGCCAUUAUUUGA